CAAACAACUUGUUCUAUUUUUCCAGACUGAGAUAGGGAGAUGGGCCUUUUUUCUUUAAAUAAUACAAUAUCUUGGAUAAUAAAAUCCCACACUCUCCUGGGAUCAGCACCUUGACACUAGGAGCAUUGGCUCUGUCUUUUUAUUUUUAUAAAGCCACACCUCGUUGGCCUGCAGCAGUAAUCUAGUGAUGUAAAGAAGGCUGUUUCUCGGUAUUAAACAGGAAGCAUCGUUAUCAUCUCAGCCAGUACGCAUUACGCAACCCGCCUGCACACAUGCUGCUACAAGUUGGAGUUUACAUGUGUAACUUUCAGGCUUCACUUUAAACAUUCUGUGACUGAAGAUUUGAGAGAUGGCAGCUGAGCUUGCCGGAGUGAGACGUAAGUUUGUGGAUAAGGUGUCCAACACAGUGCUGAAGCAGCUCCUGGACGACCUUGUAGGCGACGUCUUGAAUGAAGGCGAGAAAGAGUCAAUACUGGAGGAGAACCCUGCCAGAGCAGACAAGGCACGCGUCCUCAUUGACACCAUGAAGAAGAAAGGAGAUGCAGCCAGCAGGAAGAUGAUGGAUCACCUUCUCAGCAAUGAUCCGACACUUUACGCUGAACUUGGUCUGUCCACUGAUCAACCUGAUCAGCCGGGUCAUGCUACGCUUUGAAGAAUUUUCCGUUCAAACCAAAAGGCAGAUGGCGACCAAAGACAGAUGCAGUCUGCCAAAGCACUUCUACUUCUACCCCGGGCUCUAAGGGAAGGUUUGCAUUUGUUUAACAAAACUUGAAGCCGUGUUCAAACCAUGCUUGCAUCAUUUUUUGAGGUGCUACUUGGUGAAUAAAUGAUAGUUAGGACACAGGCCCUCCAAGGGGCAGAGCAGAGGGAUGCAAAGACAUCAAAACAAUAACAAAGAGAUGUAAAAUGACGACAGAGAUAUACAAGGACUGCAAGGAAAUGUAAAAUGACUGCAAAGACUUGCAAAGCAACUCCAAAGAGAUGAAAAGUGACAUCAAAAUGAUUAAGGACUGCAGGGAAACACAAAGUGACAGCAAGGGGACAAACAAUGACUGCAAAGAGACAUCAAAUGACUUCAGGUAGACAAAAUGUAUUAUCAAUUUUAUAUUUUUUUAUUUGACAUUCAAGUUGCAAAAUGUCUUCAAAGAAACUGACAAUAAAGGGACACAAAUUGACAAAAAGGGUGAUGCAAAAUGACUUAAAAGAGAAAAAAAGACUUCUAAGAGACACAAAAUGACAAACAGAUACGCCUACAUUGUUGUGUGUCUCUUUUGUUGUGUGUGUGUGUGUGUGUGGGGGGGGGGGGGGUUCCAUCCUUGACAAUAGUAAUAGAAUUUAAAGCAUUUAUAUUUUUUAUAUAUAAUCAACAGCAUGUAAGAAUGAUAUGAUCCUAGUUCACUGUGAUUCUCUUUAUGAUCGAAGCAACAUUUAAAAAGGUGUUUGUUUUAUUUAUCUAUGUAAUUUUUAAACCAUUUUAAAGUUAUGAAACAACGUAUGGUUGUGAACGUCAGCCUUCCAUGUAAAAAAUUAAAGAAAUGUUUAAACAAAA